UUAUAAAAUCACAUACCAACCUCUCACAUACCAAAAUAUAUUUAGCUCCCUAUCUCACUCUCUGUCAAAAAUAGAUCUGUCUUUUAAAAUGGCAAAAUCCAUGCGCUUUUUUGCCACUUUGUUACUUCUAGCAAUGCUUGUCAUGGCUACUGAGAUGGGACCAAUGACAAUUGCAGAGGCAAGACAUUGCGAAUCUCAGAGCCAACGUUUCAGGGGACCAUGUGUUAGGGAGAAGAACUGUACCGCCGUCUGUGAGACGGAAGGAUUUUCCGGUGGCGACUGCCGUGGACUCCACCGCCGUUGUUUCUGUACUAGACCAUGCUAAGAAUGUUAUUAUCUAUCUCUUAUAUGUGUAAAGAUUUUAAUUUGAGAAACUCGUUAAUAAUCACUAUGAUUGUUCAAGGAUUAACGUGCUAGUUUUAUUACUAAACUAGUUGUGAUCUUUGAUCGUAAGCAAUUAUGGUGGUCGAUUGGGUAGUGCGGUUUGUGAUU